AUGUUCCAGUUCCUUGUUUUUGGAAGGUGGGUUCCCUCCAGUUUGUCAAAACCAGUUUUAGAUUGUAGGUCUGCAAACAGGACCAGCCUCGCCACGAGAUUUGCUGCUCUUCUUCACUUGCAUUUCUUUGCAGGGAUGAAGGCAGGAACCUCCCCGGGCUUGCUGGUGAUCCUCAGCCUCCUCCAGGCACCUGCAUCCUCUUCCCAUGAUGUGCUGGAGGAGCUGUCAGACACGUCCCUCCUGAGCAGCGUGGCCGAGGCCAAGCACCUGGUGGACGCCGCCUACAAGCGCACGCGGGACCGCAUCAAGCAGCACCUGCAGAAUGACGCCCUGACCCCAGCAGAGCUCCUGAGGUACUUCAAGCAGCCCGUGGAGGGGACCCGGGCGGCCGUGAGGGCGGCAGAUUAUGUGCAGACCACCCUGAGCCUCCUCAAGGACAAGCUGAGAUGGGCUGUGAGGGGGGACUUCAACGUCACAGAUUUGCUGACUCCAGCUCAGCUGGGCAUGAUUUUCAAGGCCAGUGGAUGUGAUCAACAGGAUAAGAAAAUAAAUUGUGGUUCUUCCCGCUACCGAACGAUCACCGGCCAGUGCAACAACAGGAGGCACCCCUACCUAGGAGCCUCCAACAGAGCCCUGGCCAGGUGGCUGCCAGCACAAUACGAGGACGGCGUGUCCAUCCCCCGUGGGUGGACAGAGGGAAAGCGCUUCUCUGGAUUCCCUCUUCCCCUGGUCCGGCGGGUGUCCAACGAGAUCGUUCGCUUCCCACCGGAGCGGCUGCGGCUGGACCAGCACAGGUCCCUCAUGUUCAUGCAGUGGGGGCAGUUCAUUGACCACGACCUGGAUUUCAGUCCAGAAACCCCAGCCAGGGUCAGCUUUCAUGGUGACAUAGACUGUGACACCAGCUGUGCCAAGAAGCCUCCUUGCUUCCCCAUCCAGAUCCCACCCAACGACCCCCGGAUCACCAACAGGAGGGACUGCCUGCCUUUCUCCCGCUCUGCCCCUGCCUGCAGCCCGGGCAGCGGGGUGCGGGAGCAGAUCAACGCGCUCACCUCGUUCCUGGACGGCAGCGUGGUGUACAGCAGCGAGGUGGCCGUGGCCAGCCGGCUGCGGGACCGGAGCCGCGGGCUGGGCCUGCUGGCUGUGAACCAGAACUUCACCGACAGGGGCAGGGCCUACAUGCCCUUCGGGCCCAUGAGGAAGGAGCCCUGUCUCAAGGCCAGUGGGGCAGCUCGGAUCCCUUGCUUCUUUGCAGGUGACACCAGAGCCAGCGAGAUGCUGGAGCUGGCCUGCAUGCACACGCUCUUCAUGCGGGAGCACAACCGCCUGGCCAGGCAGCUGAAGAGGCUCAAUCCCCACUGGAACGACGAGACGCUCUACCAGGAGGCACGAAAGAUCCUGGGAGCCAUGAUCCAGAUCAUAACCUACAGGGACUACCUGCCUCUCCUGCUGGGACACAAGUUCCAGAGUCUGAUUCCUCCUUACCGGGGCUACAGCGAGUGUGUAGAUCCUCGGAUAUCCAACGUCUUCACCUUGGCCUUUCGCUUCGCCCACGCUUCAAUCCCCCCCACUGUGGGUCGCCUAAACAAGAGUUACAAGCCCAUAACACCUGAAAUUCGACUUGGAACCUCCUUCUUUGCCAUGUGGAGGAUCAUUCAAGAAGGUGGGAUUGAUCCCUACCUGCGGAACCUGAUGGCCAGCCAGGCCAAGCUGAUGACGCAGCGGCAGAUGGUGGUGGAUGAGCUCCGGGACCGGCUGUUCGAGCGGGUUGAGAGGAUUGGCUUUGAUCUGGCCGCACUCAACAUGCAGCGCAGCAGAGACCACGGCCUUCCAGGUUACAACUCCUGGAGAAGAUUCUGUGGGCUCUCACAGCCUUCUGGAGUGAAGUCACUUGGUAAAGUGUUGAGGAAUCAGGAUCUGGCCAGGAAGUUCCUACAGCUCUAUGGCACCCCCAAGAACAUUGACAUCUGGAUUGGGGCCCUUGCAGAGCCCUUUGUGAAGGGAGGCAGAGUUGGGCCUCUCAUGGCUUGUCUCAUUGGCACCCAGUUCAGGAACAUCCGUGAUGGGGACAGGUUUUGGUGGGAGAACCCCGGGGUUUUCACUCCCUGGCAACGCUGUGCACUGACCAAAAUCUCCCUGUCACGAGUCAUUUGUGACAACACCGACAUCACCAAAGUUUCGAGGCACAUCUUCAGGGCUAACAGGUACCCCAAGCACUUUGUGAGCUGCAGUCGGAUCCCAAAGCUGGACCUCAGACCGUGGAAGUCACGGAGCACCCAGGAGCAAGUCCUUUACCAGGUGAAACCUGCAUUCAGAUUCUUCUGCAAGAUGACCUUCUAUAAGCUGUGGUUCUUCACCAUAAGCAUUGUGGUUGUUAUCCUCAGCAUUCCUCGGGGACGGAACGUGGAGAACGCGACGAUUUUUCGCACUUUGGCCCUGCCACUCAAAUACAUCUUUGGCAUCCAGAUAGUGGUGAAGGGCAAGGAGAACCUCAGGACUAAGAAACCUUUUGUGCUGGUGCUGAACCACCAGACCUCCCUCGACAUUCUGGUGCUGCUGGAGAUCCUGCCACGCCGCUGCGUGCCCAUUGCCAAGAAGGAGAUCCUGUACAUGGGCACCUUCGGCCUGGCGUGCUGGCUGAUGGGGACCAUCUUCAUCGACCGCAAGGACAGGGAGGGUUCCAUCAAAACCCUGACAGAGGUGGCCCAAUCCCUGCACAAGGACAACCUGCGCAUCCUGAUCUUCCCCGAGGGAACUCGCAACCACAGCGGCUCCAUGCUGCCCUUCAAACGUGGGGCCUUCCAGCUGGCUGUGAAAGCACAGGUCCCCAUCAUUCCUGUAGUGUUCUCUUCCUACAACAGCUUCUACAACCAGAAGGAGAAGAGAUUCACCCCAGGAAAGCUCAUCAUCCAGAUCCUGCCAGAAGUGGAGACCCUCGGCCUGGGCCCGGACGAUGUCCCCAAGCUCACCGAGAGGGUCCGGGACUCCAUGCUCACCACCUACCAGGGGAUAUCAGGAAUGACAAACGGGGCUUCCCAUCAGUGAUGCCCUCUCCCAGCUCCAGCUGUGUGUGCCACAGCUCAGGAGGAGGCCACAGGAAGGUCUGGCAGCAGAGAGGAGCGUGGAUUGCAACGCUGAUG